CGUCUUUUCUUUUCUCACUCGGGACGCGUAAAGCGGAGUGCGAGCUGGAGCGGAGCGGAGCAGCACCAACCCGCAGACUUCUGCAGAGGAGGGACCAUCCAGCGGGAGGAAGAGGAGGAAGAGGAGGAAGAGGAGGAAGAGGAGCUCCGCCGCGGUGGAUGUAGCUGUUUGCGCCUGUUUUGUUUUUUUUUUUUGUUGCGUUUUUUGCGGGGAAUGUGCGGCUCCUCCUCUGCGGCUCUCCAACUUUGUGAAUCUGUGCUCUCAUGGUGAGAGGCGGACGCAGAGGAUGGGAGUAACCUGGUCCUCCAAAUGCCUCACACUCCUGCUGGCUCUUCACAUCGUUCCUGUGUUGCAGACGGUGCUGGUCGGUGCCGGUGAAUGUGACUCGGUGUUUAAAGGUUUCUCAAACUGUCUGAUUCGGUUGGGGGACGAAAUGGCCAACUACCCCCAGGACCUGGACGACAGAGAGAGCCUGAACAAGAUCUGCACUUACUGGGAUAACUUCCAUUCCUGUGCCACGACGGCGCUGGCCGACUGCCAGGAGGGGGCGACGGACCUCUGGGAGAAACUGAAAAAGGAGUCCCGCAACCUGAAUUUCCGUGGGAGUUUGUUUGAACUGUGUGGCGGCGGAAACGGCGCGCCCAGAUCCGCCAGGGGCCUCGGCUUGCUGCUCACCGCCCUGCCCACCGUACUGACUUGGCUGGCGUUUUAACAGGAAGGAGAAGCUAAAGAAAUAAAACACAAGAAAAUACGUCCAACUGAUAAAAAAAAUAGUUAAGAAGCAGAGUGAAAGCUACGCCUCCAUACUGAAAAACACGACAGAGUUUGCAUUCAUCAGAAGAAAACAGCAGAAUUGGAUCUUUGGUGGAACUACGGCAGCCUGGUUGGCCUGCGGGAGAGCUCGUCCAAUCACACGCCACCUCGCCCAGAGGUCAAUAACAUGAAAUAUUCAACACGCCAUUGACCUGAAAUGAAGACAAUGAUGAAAUUUUGAUGGAUACUCGCCAACUUACAAUUGUGGAAUUACAUAGUAUUAAAGUCAGCCAUGCAUUAUUGAUGUUGAGUCGGCCGAGCCGGCCGGGCGCUGACACGCCAUCAGGACGGAUAGGAGGGCUGCCAUUUAGCCGGAGGUACUAAUUCAUGUGUAAUGCAAGACCAAGUGUAACUCCACUAAAUCAAUAAGACAAGCCGAGGCAUCGAGCCGCUCCAGAGCCGUCGCCUCGGUUCCACCGCGGACUGCUUCUCAUUUUUAACGGCAGCAGGUUGACACGGGAUGCUAGCCAGUUAGCCCGGUGUUAGCUAUGCUAGCGGUUACCGCGCAGAGGCUGCGGUCACACCAGCUGUCAGAACAGGUCACGGCUACAUAAUUACAGGCAGCAGUGGGGACAGUAUUCACCUUUGACCUGAGCAGCAUUCCAUUAUUAGACCAACACUUUACUGAAUUUACGUUAAAAUAAACAUGUUGCAUUUGGUAAAACCACUUUAUGAUGCCAGUUCAGUAAAACUCAUUCUGGGGGUUCUGGUGUGACCACGGCCGCUUGGCAUAAGGUUUGGAGACAUAACAGAUCAGCUAAGAAAGUCCCAGCAUUUCAGGAAAUGGGCAUAAGACUUUAAAAUGAUCAUAUUCACAUAAUUUAUGAUGAGAAAACUGAAGGUAAAGUUAAUUUUGUAUAAGAUCAACUCAGCUAGCCAGAGCUAAAUGUUGCUAAAGUUUGUCUGGAGUAAGUAAUGGUUAGCUUGAGUAGCAUUUGUUUUAUUAAACUUUAUUGUAGCUACGAUGCAAUUUAUCAACAAUCUGACAUUAAAGCAGAUUCAGAGAAAACAUUUCACAUUUUGAGACAAAUGUACUAGCAUCUAAACCUGAUGCUGUCAUUUUAUCGUGAAAGUUUGGUUCACAACUUAGCAAACAUUAGCUUAAAUAUUAAAUCACAAAGUAAACCUGAAAAGGCCACGUUAGCUAAGGCUUUAGAUCAUCAGUUCAAACGGCUCACUAGUUUACUGAACUGAUGAGACCUGAGGAACAACUAGUUUAUCUUAGGCUAACAACAGUUAGCAGCUAAAUCAGGUAGCAUACAUUCAGAGAAGCAUAGGGAAUUUUAGUUCAAUCAGAUAAUAUAUCAACCAAAUUAUAGCUGGGUUAGCUAACUUCUGAUUAAAGAAAAAAAAUACCCAUGUGUUUUCUGGUUGGCUAACAGCUAGUUAGCAGCUAAAUCAGGUGUAUUUUGAUCAGCUAAGUAUAUCAGACUACCUACAUCCAGAUGAUUCAGAUUAAAGAUUUGUCUAGAUUAGCCUGGAUUAAAUAACAUUCUGAACUACAUAUAAACCAAACUGGAAUAUUUGGUCAUGUUAACCUAAAUUUAAAAUAAGAUGGUUUGCUUAAAAUUUGAUCAAACGGAUAAAUUAAACUUUUAGGUUUUGUGAGGUUAGCUAACAGUUUCACUUAGCAUCUACAUCAAAUGAGUUUAGAUUUGUCAAAAAUAUGUGGGACAAACUAAAUCUAUGUUUCCAGGUUGGAUUAAACUUAGUCCUGAUAAGGCUGGAUUGAUAAGUAUUUAUGAUAUUGAUCUAUAAUACACAAUAGAUUUAUAUUUACGCUAGCCACAGAGACUCCUGCUAACAACUAUCCUGUUAGCUAACUUGUGUACAUUAACAUUUAACUCGUCUACUUUAUUAAUUUUUAUUGUCCCUUUUAAAUGAACAAACAUGAAAUAUUUGUAAUAUUUUGGAAACCAAACUGUUAAAUUGGGUCAAGGUAACUGAAAGUUUGGAUUAGCAUGAAAUUGUAUUGUAGCCUAUUAGCUAACAGUUUAAUGUUAGCAUUAAAUCAGAUAUGAAACGAUAUGGGAGAGAUUAGGUUUUAAUUAACAUCUUAGCUAAUUUAUGUUGUGUCAUUUCAAAUCAUAUAUUCAAAUUAUUUAAGUUAUUAAAUAAGCUAACAUUUUGAUUUUGUAUUAAUUUAGGGGAGAGUUACAUCAGAUUAAUUAGCAUCUCAUCAUUUUCAACAUUGUUUUUUUACCCUUAGCUUCAGUUUUUUUGCAGUUUCAGCAAACAAGCAAUAAGAUAAUUUUCCCAACUCAAUAAAAAUCAAACUUUGGGAAAUUUUGAGGCUUCCAUGUUUAGACAUUGUGCUCAUUUCCUGAAAUCCCAUCAGAUCCAAACUGAACAAAAACAGAGAAACCUGAUUUGAACGUGGAGGUUUGGUUUUAUUUUGUGUUUAUUUCCUGUCUGUUGAAACAUCAGGAGCAGCAAUACGAAGAGAGACGUUCCGGCCAGCGUAGCUAAAAAUAUGAAUAAUAAACAAACCGUGGCUGAAGAGAGAUAUGACUGUUGCCAUUUAGCUUCAUCCCGUUUUCAUCCAGUGAUUUUAGUAGAUUAUCAGCGGUGACAUAUUUUAGGUCUGUGUUAGAAUAAAGAGGAAAGUCCAACAGUAAAGUAGCAUCAUGAAAUACAGACAUUAUAAAUAUUAGGAGUUUAUUUCUGAGACAGAAACAUUUCCACUGCCUUCUAACUAAACAAUGUGAACUUCUGUUUGUUUGUUUGUUUGUUGCUUGGCUGGUUUGUCUCUUUGUUUGUUUAUGAGGAAGUUACAUAAAAAACGUUUAAAAAGAUUGAUUUAUAUCAAAAAUCAUAUAUGAAGAGAAAAUGUAAAGGAAAAGGAUUUUUGAGAAAAAAAAUGAAAAUAUUUAUUAUUAGAGGUAGUCUAUCCCAAACAGGUUUAACAGCAGAUUGAUUAUUUACAGAUUAUAUAGACCUAAAGAAAGAUAAAAUAAACAACUGAGAAAAUGAUGAAGAAUAACAAAUAAAAGUCAUAAUGUUUGAAAAAACCCUGUGUGUGACUUUAAUUUGGACUGGAGGAGAAGAAAGACUGAUUUAAUAUUAAUGAGGGGAAAUCCCAGAGGAUGAGGCUCAUAUGACCGAGGAAGAGGAAGGUGAUGAAGGCUGCUGAGGUUCUGAUGUCUGGUGGAACUGUUGAAGCUUUUUGGCUUAAAUUUAUUCGAGAAUUUGAACCAAAAUCUGUA